GCUCCGUUCCUGAUUGAGCCGCUACAGAACAGCUCGCACACACGUCCACGUCCCAUCAUAUACCCCCUCCCCAGAUAUUCUAUCUUGAGAUAGGAUAAGACGAAUUGAUUUUAUUUUCUCAACGGAACACGAAAGAAAGGAAGAUGACCACCCCGGCCGAACGCAAGAACCAACAAGUCUGGGAUUCGAUCGAGGCGGGAGCACUCAAGCAAGCAUUACAACUAUGCAAUCGACGUUUGAAGAAGGGGGAGAAAGGGGAUUACUUACUGACCUUGAAAGCUCACACCCUAACCCUCCUAUCUACUCCCGCCAACACCUCCGAAGCCCUACAGCUCGCACAACAACUCUCCUCGAAAACCCCUGCGAUCGACUCGAUUGACUGCCUCCGCUUGCUGACUCGCGUAUGGAACGGGCUUGGCACCGCGCACACAAGUGAGAUCUCGCAACUCUGGGAACGCGCGGUAAAGUCCCGACCGAAGGACGAAGCUCUCGCGCGCGAAUGGCUCUGGGGCACGGUUCGCAGCCUUGACUGGCGCGGCGCGCAGAAGGCUGCGAUGAGCUUGCAGAAGAGCUUUCCGGGUAGGCGUGAGUACUGGUUUUGGGCCGCGGUCACAUGUUUGCUGUUGCGCAACUCGCUACCGGAGACGGCGCCAGACAGGAAGCUCUUUGGCAUGCUGGCGUACAAGAUGAUGGCGAAGAGUCGGGAUGACACCCCGCUUGAUACUACUGUCAUCCCUCCUAGGGCUAUGCAGACUUCGCAGGAGGUUACUCUUAUGCUCGAGCUGCUGUCAUAUGUUGCGCCCCUCACGGCAAAUGAGGAGGCUCUCGAGUUGCUAGAUUCUAAGAACUUGGGUGUGGAUUCGAAAAUUGGUGCUGGAGAUUGGUGGGGGCUUGCGAGGAAGCGGUUGGAGGUGCUAGAGGAGAGUAAGAAUUGGAAGAUGCUCUGGGAAGUGUGCAGGGAGUUGGUGAAGGAUAAAAAGAAGAAGGAGGAUGAGGCAGCGCUUGCAGAGAAUGGGGAGAAGACUAAUGGGGAGGAGGACGCAAUUGUGAGGAAGGAUGAUGCUGCCCCAGCUGAUGAGGUCGCUACGAAGGGCCGCGGCGAUGAUUGGCUGAUUUGGGAGUGCUUUGUUAAGGCUGUUGGAGAGCUGUGGAACGAUGGAGAGAAGGAGCCGGGGAAGGCUGCGUUGGAGAUCAUUCUUGCCCACUGCAAUGCUUCUGCCGCCGCGAGAAAUCCCAAUCUGGCACUGGUAAAGUUUUCGUCAGUAUUCCAUGACGAGCAUGGUGGGCCUGAGGGCACACCAACUCUGCUGGAAGCUUGCAAGGAGUACUUCGCCAAGACUGGUACCAAGAGCGCCUGUUUCGAGGAUCUAAAAGUGUAUCUAGAGAUGCUUGAGGAAACUGAGACCGAGGAGUUUUUAAAGUUUGUUGCGGAGCGUAUCUCCGAGAUGAGUGAGGAGACAGAGAAAGGGCGGAUUGAGCAGGUCGCUGCAGCAAUCAAUCAUUACAAAUUUAUCUAUCUCCUAAAUAUGUCGCCGAUACCACCUCCGUUGACUGAAGAGGUUAUUUCAAAACUGAACGAGUUCAUUACCUCUGCGCUAAAGAUCUACACAUCUAGUCUCUCCCUUGGACAUAAUUUACUUCCAACGGACACUCAGUAUGGCGAUGACGCAGCGUUAUUAUCGGUAAUGGGUCUGGUCCGGCUUUCUACAUUGUCGGACCCACCAUCACCAGUUCCUCUCUACCAGUCGACAAUCAUCCUUAAUACUCUUCUGCAAAAGUCCAAACACAACUAUCAAGCUCUUCUGUUACUCGUACGGAUAUACCUCCUCCUCGGCGCAGUCCCGCUGGCCAUGGAGAUUUAUCCACGUUUGAACAUCAAGCAGAUUCAAAACGACACAUUAGCUCAUUUCCUCCUAACCCGAAUCAGUGCGCUACAUCCAUCGUCCAACAAGACAGAGCCAUUGCUAAAGGAGGCCCUCAAGAUCUACGAGACCAGUCGUGUCCAAACUCCUGGCAUGUUAGUACUAGCCUACGAGCGCGGUAGUUAUGCACAAAUGAUGGGGUUUGUAGAGUUCGCAGAUAGGGUCUCAGGAAGCGUGUGCCGGGGAAUGUGGGAGAUUGAGAAGCGAAGGUUAGCACGACUACGUCCAUCACUUGCCGCGCAGCAGAAGAACGGAGAAUUGAUGCGCGACGACGACGAGAACAUCUGGGACAAUCGCGACUUUAGCGUCGUUAUUUCCUGCGAGCGGUCCACGAAUCCCCCCUUCGAAGAGACCUUUCGCGUAGGCGCUACUCCGGGCGAGAAUUGGGCAAAGGGUUUCUCGGCGGUGGAAAGGCUCGUCGAGUACUUCCUCGACCUAAACCAGGUCGGCAAUUCAAUCCCAGAGCACGUCCUACCAGUCCUAUCCCGCAUUCUUGCGGAUAAAAUGGCAAUGACAGAAUUCACACCAGUGGAAGUAGAGUACCUCUCUAUUAUGCAACUAGUUGCGACUGCGGUCAUUACUACUGAGCAAGACUCCCUUAAAUCCACACUAUCGAAAAUCCUCUCCUCUCUGCCCAAGCCUCCCCCGGCAACUAGCAUAACCCCGCACGCGUGGACCUACCUCCACGCUGCGAACACGAUCCUAGACCUCGUUGCAAUCCUCCAAACACACUUCGUACCACACGUCAAGCAGAAGAAACUCACGAACGAGCUCUCCGCUGCCCUCGUCGAGUUGAAGAAAGCCAUUGUCGUGAAUGCGGCCACUCUAGCAAAGGAGGUUGGAGAGGAGGAGGGCAGCGAUAGAGAGCAGGAGCUGGUCGAUGGUGUGCUUGCGCUUGAGGGCGUGGGGAAGAAGUUGAGAUUGUGGGGGAUUGAGGGCGGGGUUGAGGCGGUUAGAGCUGUUAGGAAGAGUUUGGCGGUUGCUAUUGCGGGGGUCGGGAAGGGGAAGUGAGUGAGAAGAUGUUGCAGGGCUGGGUUGCUUUUUGUCGGGAUAGAUUGGGUUGUGGUGGAUGGGGAGGGAAAGGUUUUAGUGAUAUGGAUUAUUUCUUAUUUUU